AUGUCUUCUCGGCACGAGACGCGGGAUGAAGGCCGAGCCGUCCCCGUUGCGGACGCGGCUCCCGGCGACACCGCCCCCAUGGUGAUCACCGCCUCGGGCAAUCACGGCAUCCCCGUGCUCAUCACGCCGGCCAGCACAGGCGCCGCCGCGUCGUUCCAGGGCUUCCUGCUCCUGCAGCAGGAGGCGGCCAAGAAAGAGGAGGAGGCCGAGGACCCGCUGGCGGAGCGGAAGAAGUGGUUCCGGGAGAUGCGUGGCUGGCUCAUGGUGCUCGCGACGGUGGCGGCUUCGGUGGCGUACCAGGCGGGGCUGAACCCGCCGGGCGGGUUCUGGCAGGACAACAAUGACGGGCACCGCGCCGGCAACCCGGUGCUCCGGGACCAGCACUGGGUGCGCUACGUCCUCUUUUACUACUUCAACGCGACGGCGUUCGUGACCUCGCUGGUCAUCAUGGUGCUGCUCAUGAGCGAGCGCUUCUACCACGGCGAGGCCAAGGUGAUGGCGCUCAUGUUCGCCACAUUCAUCGACCUCGCCAGCCUCGUCGGCGCCUACAUCGCUGGUACCACCCGCUACGCCUCAUCCUGCGUCUACAUCGUCGUCAUCACCUGUGUCUCAUUCGUCGGCGUCAUCUACAUCGGAGAGGCAAUGGGCGAAAUAUGCGCCUUCGUGCUCCGGCGGAUAAGGUGCAUGCGUGACCUCGCGAAGCUCAAGUGGUGCCCAGUGCCAGCAGGCGUGGUGACUAAAUCGUUGCCAGAGAAGGAGGCAGAGGAGCGUAGGAAGAGAGCCAACGAGAGGCGCAAGCGCCCCUGCUGCCCGUGCUGUGCGCUGCCAGUAACGUCAGAUAGGCGCGAUGUCGAGGGGCAGUGAUCCAUCAGUGACCAGAGAAAAAUGUUUGCAAUCUACAAUCUUCCAUUGUAUCGUCAAAUUGUUUCUUUGUACCAGGGUGCAUUUGUCGCACGCCCACUUCGAUCUUCGGCAGUGGCGUCAACUUGUUUCUUUGUAGCAGGGUGUAUUUGUUGCUGGUUUGGUUGUUACCAGAAAGAUGUAUUUGUCAUAUAAUAAGCGGUCUGGAGAUUAUCAGUGCUCUGAAUUUCUCUUCAA